AUGCCGUCCGUACGGAGAACCGGGCGCAAUAUAAGAAGCAACGAUUCGAGUGGGGUGCGUGCAGCCCGCGCCCGCGCCCGCGCCCGCGCCUUCCCCUCGCUCGUCGUAUGCGCCGCAACAGUCACGUCCGGUGUUGCUGUCGUAAAACUCAAAGAGAAACCACAGAUUGUUUUCGAACAACUUGAUUUAUUGCAACUUAGGUGGAUGCCAAGAAGGAGCUUACGGCUGCAUCGUGUCUGCAUUGAGCAAACGGAGCCGCUGGCAACAUCUGACGGAGAAGUGGCCUACUUCGCGUGCGGCGCGGCUCAUCCGCCGUAUGGUGCUCUUCAAUUUUUCUUCUUCUUCAAAUUCGUUAAUAUACCU